AUGCCAAAACCAGCAUCUACAGCUUCCAAGAAAGGCAAAAAGGAAGCUUCCCAAAAGACAGACCCCGGUCCAAGCAAUGUUGCUCCAGAGCCUCCCCAAUGGCCUCCGUUCAAAGGUCUCCUCCCACCAGAAUUGCUCCAACUAGAUACGAUCCUCUCCCACCAAAUACUCACCAUUUCUCGUUUCUUCCCAUCUUCAUUAUGUAACACUUACAUUCAAUUUCUGUCAAACUUGCCAUUGACAACCACUCCGAGCAAACCAAAGCGUGGAGAGGCGGUCCGAGUAAAUGAUAGAUUCCAAAUACAAGAUCCAACGUUUGCGAAAAGGUUAUGGCUUGAUACUGGUUUAAAAGACCUUUUGGAGAAUCAAGAAAGUAGAGAGUUACUUUGGAAUACCGAUGAAUUGGAGUCUGGGGUCAAAGCUUGGGGGUUGAAUCCGAAUAUCAGGAUAUAUCGAUAUACAAAAGUCGACGACUCAAACACCCUAACCCUCGGCACCCCUCCAUCCCCACACCGCACAAUCUAUACCCUUCUCCUCUACCUAACCGGACCGGCCGACGGAGUCGUAGGCGGUGAAACAGCCUUCUACCGAAACGAGCCCUACAUCCCACUUUCCAAGAAGGAACUCAAAGAACUAGUGGCGUCGGGGCAGCCGCAAAUUAUAGAAGUCCAGCCGGAGAAAGGAAUGGCGCUACUGCAUCGGCACGGGGAUGAAUGUCUGCUUCACGAGGGAAAAGAGGUCCUGGCGGGUGUUAAAUGGAUUAUCCGUAGCGACUUGGUACUGGAUGUCUAG